CAAUCCAAACCUACAGAGCAAUAGGAAUAUAGAAUUUCUACACUAAAAAAUCGUGAUAAUAUUUCGUGAAAUAAGAAAUCAUGGAUAAAUGCAUAUGAACAUUGGCAUUCCGACGAUUCACUUGAUAGGCCAUGCAUUUCGCAUAAAUUAACGGUGCGCUAAAACAGGAACUCAUUUUAACGUCCUAUAUGGCCAGAUUUUAGUACCCCUGAUACAUAUAGCCUCUUGGCUUCAAAAACCACAAUUCAAAAGACGACUUUUUUCAUUUGUUUAGUGUUUCGCUGGUUCUUACCACAUUGAUACAAAAAAUUGUUUUCACGCAAAUUAUAAGUUGCUGCGGCAAUUGUUCAUCAUCUUUGCAUCAACACAUGUUCAUUUAAUAUGGCAUUCUUCAUACGACAAGUUGUCGUAUUGUUCCUUAUUUCUCUCGUCCUCCAUGAAUCGAAUUCAUUUUUCUGGAGAAGAAGACGCAGACGGCGAUCGCCUCCUCMUUGCCCUGCACGAAAUUGUCAAGUUGGUUCGUGGUCGAGCUGGUCUUCGUGUUCUCAUCAGUGUGGAAAUGCAGGAACUCAGAGCAGAUCAAGAAGCAAGACAGUAGGCGAACAAUGUGGCGGCAGAUGCCCUUACUCUCUUAGUGAGUCGAGAGUUUGUAAUAGAGAUGCUUGUAGGAAUGGAGGGUCUCCAUCUCACGGUCAUUGCAGGUGUAGGACUGGGUUUGGAGGAACUUGCUGCGAAAGUGAUGUGAACGAGUGCGUAACAAUACGACCGUGCCAACACAAGUGUACCAAUACCUAUGGUAGCUACACCUGCCAGUGCAAUCCAUGUUACACUAAACUAGGAACAAAAUGCGAGCUAAGACAGUGCCUUAUUGGUGGAAAAUGCUACAGUUAUGGUACCGUUAACCCCUCAAACCAGUGCCAGCAAUGUGACAGCAACAAUCCCCACACGUGGACCAUCAAUAACAACCUAAAAUGCAGUGAUAACAAUGUCCAGACAAAAGACGAUCGUUGCGUGAGCGGUGUUUGUCGUGGGACACCUUACUCGUGCCUUUCAUGCGAGCGCCAUGACGGCAGUGGUUGUCCUUUGAAAAGCGGUUUCUGCAAGAUCCAACACAACAGUCGGCCAACUUGUUUUGCUAACCAGAACCUCAAACCAGGGAAUCCUUGUCAGUGGUGCAACACGGGGUUAAGUACAAGCACGUGGUCCAACCGUAAUGGCGUAUCGUGUGACGACAGCAAUAAAUGCACCAAGUCCGACACCUGCACAAAUGGACAAUGCACAGGAACGGCAUUCACAUGCAACUCACACUGUCAGACUUGCAACGGUCGGGAUUGCAGUCAAAAGACUGGCUUUGGUUUUGUUCAAGGAAAAUGUACUUGUAAAAUUGCAGGUAAAGAUUACAGCCAUCAGCAAUUAAACCCCGCCAAUCAAUGCCAGUGGUGCAAUCUUUAUGACGCUGCAUCAAAGCCGUCAGGAACCUGGACAAACCGUCCAAGCGUCCCUUGCAAUGAUGGAAAAGCGUGUACUCAUAAAGACACUUGUGACAAGGGAAAGUGUGUUGGUCAACAAUACAGCUGUCAAUCAUCUUACCCAAGUACAAGCUGCAUUAAGACUUCACUAUGUCUGGGGAAUGGGCAAUGUAAUGAUAUCAUGCGUCCAGUGGGUACAAUAUGCCGAGCAGCCAAGGACGCGUGUGACAAACCAGAAAAAUGUAAUGGUAAACUUGGGGCAUGCCCUGCAGAUGUGACCGACGUUAUAACCAUAAAAACCGGCUCAGUACAAUUCAGGAAUCCCACUUUUACUUCAAACGCCGCCUACCAGCAUAUAACAACCUCUCUUUAUCAGAGCAUAACUGGGUUCUCCAUCUCCUGCGGAGCCAUGAAAUACAAGUGGUUUUUGCUGGAUGGUUCCUCUCAGUGUACGACAACUUCAAUUGCCAAUGGAGUCUUUGCAAAUACAAACACAAAACAAACAAUUACUGGCCUAAAACUCCUUGAUAACAAGAGCUAUAAGGUAGCAAUACAAGCCGUAGAUAUGAGAGCAGCAGUUCGUCCACUUGUUUGCUCAAGUCCUGUCACCAUAGACACGACGAAACCAAAAGUUGGAUGGGUUUAUGAUGGUACUGCUGCCGACAUUGAUUACCAAGCAACUAAGAACAUCAAAGCUAAUUGGGGUGGCUUCAAUACCAGAAAUGGUAUUGCAAAGUACGAGUGGAGGGUGACUUAUACUGCUUUUGGCAGUGGUGUGACUUCUGAUCUUCUUCCGUUUACUGGAAAUGGUGUCAAUACCAAAGUGUCAAAGACAUUUGCCAACAUAGUGGAUGGGUCUYUGGUGAAAGUCGUGGUUCGCGCCUUUACCAAAGCAGGUCUUUACACAGAUAGCACUAGUGAUGGAGUAAUUGUAGAUCUAUCAAAGCCAACUCCAUCAAAGGUUUAUGACGGCUCCACAUCUGGUGUAGAUGCCAAGUACGCAAAGUGGAYCAAUACUUUUACAGCAAACUGGGAUGCCUUUACAGAUGUACAUAGUGGUAUUUUACGCUACGAAUGGGCUGUGAAACGUGGAGCGGGUCUUAUUACUGCAUUCAAAUCAACAGGCUCAUCACGUUCUGGUUCAGCUACUGGUCUCAACUUGGUCUCCGGGGAAACGUACUGUGCCGUAGUCAAAGGAUAUAACAAAGCCCUUCUUAGCGCGGAAGCGACUUCGGACUGUGUUCUCAUUGAUCGUGAUCGCCCAAAAGCUGGAACAGUCAAUGAUGGUCUAAAGAGUGAUGUUCRGCAUCAAUCAAAUGGCUCUGCAAUUUCAGCCAAUUGGAAUGGAUUUAAUGAUGGCGCCAAAGGAAGUGGAAUAGUGGGCUACCAGUACAAGAUCACCGACAGUACGACUGAAGUUGUUGGCUGGACAUCUGUCGGUAUGCAGACAUCAAUAACCCAUACAGGGCUMUCCUUAAAAAAUGGAAUUAAAUACUUCGUUACUGUUCGAGCCAUUGACGCUGUUGGAUUGUCGACCGAUGUAAGAAGCAGUGGAGUUAUCGUCGAUACGUCAAGCCCUGUUUUUAAUGGCAAAGUUGAAGUCCGUGGAAUMAAAGACGUCUACAAAGGCAAACCUUGCGUUUACGCAGCAAGCAUAACAACACUUGAUGUUACGUGGAUCGGAUUUUCAGAUGGUCACAGUGGUUUGCUCCGUUACGAUUGGGCAGUUAUUCCAGCAAAGCAAAGUGUCAAACCCUCUGACUUCAAACCAGUAUCGGGUUCUAGUUUGACAACUUCAGCAUCCUUUUCAGGACUUAGUUUGACGGACGGCCAAUCGUACAGAGUUAUCAUAAGAGCGUAUAACCGUGCCUUUCUAUACACUGAUGCUUCUUCUAAUGUGAUCAUUCCUGAUUCUACACCUCCUCACCCAGGAUCAGUUAGUGAUGGUUCUACUAACGGAACAGAUAUUGAUUACCAAGUAAGCCUCAAUUUUGUAAWGGCAACAUGGACAGGAUUUAAUGAACCUGACACUGGUAUAAGACAGUACUACUAUGCAGUGGGAAGCUGUUCCAAGGGAAACUACCACAUCACUAAUAACAAGUUUGUUCCAGCAUCAUCAGCUCUAUCCUCUUCGAUGUCUAUUGAAAACCUUAAUCUUAUAAACGGUCAAAGAUACUGCACCAAAGUCAAGGCAACUAACAUGGCUGGUAUCUAUAGUAAAGAGAUAACUUCAGAUGGCUUUAUGGUGGACAAAACACCUCCAGAUACUCGAGAAGCUCGCGUGAUUGACGGGGUUACACAAAUAGAUAUUGAUUAUCAAGCGAACUUAACCGAAAUGUCUGGCAGCUGGGAAGGUAUGAAAGACCCUCAAUCUGGUAUUGAACACUAUGAAUACGGUAUAAGCAGAAAUAAAGCCGGCGUUCCUGAUAUUUCACCUUUUAUUAAUGUUGGACUUCAAACUUCUGCUCGAGCUACUGGUCUUUCCCUUGCUGAAGASGUGUAUUACUUCAUUGUCUGCGCCAUCAACAACGCCGGCUUAAAGUCUUGUUUAAGUUCUGAUGGCGUCUUCAUUGAUAAGACUAAACCAAGUAAGGGAAUCGUCAACGAUGGAGUUCUCGAGCCUGAUCUGAAAUACCAAUCCUCGUUAACAAGCAUUGCAGCCAACUGGGAAGGCAUAUGGGACUUACAGAGUCAAAUAGAAAGGUUUGAAUGGGCUAUCAAAGAUAACACUAAAGAUGAAAACGUUGUUCAACCUUAUGUAGAUGCUGGACUAGCUACGCAUGUGAAAAGUGAGCAGCCACUGAACCUGGUCAACGGCAGAACAUAUAUUGUGCAUCUAAAAGUUUAYAACCACGCUGGCGCGGUCAGCGAAAUUAAAUCGGAUGGUGUCACCGCAGACUCUACAGCACCACAUCCAACUCAAGUCAGACCUGGAAUUGUAGGCAACAGUGACUGGAUUUACAAUGACAAAGACAAAACAUUUUAUACAUCAUCAUCAUCGUCACAGAUUUUUGCUAACUGGAAAGAAUUUAAAGAGAAUGAAAGCGAGUUAUGGUAUUACAAAUGGGCUAUUGGGACAUCAAAGUGUGGCACACAGGUUCAAUCUUUAACCAACAUCGGUCGUUCAACCCAUGCAAACACCACAAUGUCUGACUUGACUUUCAUUGAUGGUUUAAGAUAUUACGUGACCGUGACAUCACGCAACAGGGCUAAUCUGGUCUCUCGUAGCUGUUCUGAGGCUUUUAUGAUGGACAAAACUCCACCGAAUACUGGUUCUGUAAAUGUCGGUGAUCCUGACCUUCAUCAGAAGUAUAUCGGAUCAGAUUAUGUAACAGUAUAUUGGAAAAAUUUCGUCGACAGAGAAAGUGGUAUCGAUUUCUGCGAUGUUUCCAUUACAAGCUCAUUAGGGCAGGUUUUCAUCACCCAAGCGACAGAAAAAGAUGCCGGUAGUGUUCCUGUUCGAAAAACCUUUUUCAAAUCUAGUCAAAAGUACAGAGCCAUGGUGAAAUGCGUCAACAAGGCCAACUUGACUACCACUBAAACAUCCAACCCAUUUAUAGUUGAUACGACAGCGCCUGUCGUCCAGGGAAAUGUUAUUGUUGGGGUGUCACGCGACAAUUUCAAACAGUAUCAAGCCGACWAURSAUCGAUUWCRAUCACRUGGCCUCCRUUUAGWGAYCCUGAGAGUCCYAUURARAAAUAYWUGYUGUCYRUUGGUWCUWCUYCUYUMGRYGAUGACAUWGUGACUCUMUAURAUGUWRGAWUGGMAACACAAAUCGURMGAUCUGAUUUAAAUCUUMAUUAUGGUUYGAUGUACUAUAUAACUGUMUAYGGYGUKAAUGCUGCUGGUYUAAACACCACAGCCCMAGGGCUCCCUYUACUCAUUGAUAACACCCCACCMAUAGUACCAGAMGGUAGUGUSAUGGAUGGUGCUGGUAAGGUCGAUUGGGAAUUCAUCAACCCAAAAGAUCUMGUKMAGGCGCACUGGGAAAKMGYAUCAGAUCCUGAGAGUGGCAUACUAAAGAGUAGGUACUGUCUAGGUACWACACCUUUCGGAUGCCAAAUUAAAGGCGUUACUGAAACCAACGAGACAUCGUUCACUUGCAAGAGCUGCAAGAUCAAACCAGGGGAGAGGGUGUAUGUUACAGUAGACAUUACUAACGGUGCAGGGUUAUCCAUAACAAAGACAUCAAACGGAAUGCUCAUGGAUGCUUCACCGCCUCAUUUGAGUAGCAUUCUCGACGGCGACGAUGAUUCUGGGAAAGAUGUUGAAACUGCUCUUCUUCACUGGAAUAUAUCGCUAACCUGGCAAGGAACAGAGGAUAGGCAAAGUGGUAUCGAUAAAUGCAAAUGGACAAUUGUUGAUGGUGAUGACCAGGAAGUCUUCUCGUUGGACAUUUCGGGACCAUAUAAGCUAGGAACAAAGCAAAUAAUAUCAGCCAAUCAGACAUACCGCUUUGUUCCAUUUAAUUCAAGUAAACUUUACUAUAACGUAAUCGAAUGUACCAAUCGUGCUAGGCUAUCAGCAAAAGUGCGAUCCAAUGGAUUCCGUGUUGUAUCGCAGUGGCCAAUUCCUAGCGAUGUCAGGGAUGGACUGACUAUCGGCAAAGAUCUCGACUACUUNUCCGUCAGCAAUUAUGCCUGGGCAAUAGGAACGUCACCUGGUAACCAAGAUAUCAUGAAGUUCAAAAGCGCAGGACUUACAUUACAGGACAAAGUGACCUUAGCUUCAGAUGAGCCUGACUUAGAUGUACUUAAGCCUGGACAGAAAUACUACAUCACUGUUAAGGGAACAUCAGUAAGCGGAUUAUCAAGCUCAAAGUCRUCUGACGGGUUCUUUGUUGAUACCACUCCACCAGUUACAUCUGACGUUAAGGUAACCUUUGYUGUAUCGGAUCACUCARAUCGWAAAGUUGAUCUUCAAAUCGAUUGGUCUGGAGUUAAAGAUGAUGAAAGUGGCAUCAUGGARUCURAGUUUUGURUUGGRACAACACCARGGAGUUGUAAAACGAGCAAGAYUUCUUCUGGUAUCUCURAAAMGGMGGUUCUACCYUCUUUCAAGCCUGUUUCAUUGGCUGGGUAYUACGUAACGGUUGUUGUAACAAAUAAUGCAGGACUUWCAGCAACAAUGACAUCAGAUAAAAUAUCCAUCGACACCACGCCACCAACACGUGGACAAGYUAUUGAUGGAAUCGGCAGAGAUAUCGACUUCAUGAAUACAACAAAUAGUAUAUCAAUACAGUGGGCUGGUUUCAUCGAUAGAGACACUAGCGUAAAAAACUGCACUUGGACACUUAUAGAGCAAUCGCCUUCUGRCGAUGGGUCGUACUAUGGUAAUGAUACAAUUGUUUUURAACAAGAUGUUAGUCCUAAAGGCAGGGAAACACGUGACGGGUUAGCUCUUAAGCCUGGUUCUAAGUACAUCAAUAAGAUAACCUGUUCUAAUCGUGAUGGUUUCACUGUAACUUCAGCAUCAAAUGGAGUUGUUGUCGACCUYACUCCUCCAGAAACAAGCGCUGUUAUUGAUGGCCUUAAYUUUAACAAGGAUGUCAACUUCACAAGCGACACCACCACCGUCAGCACUGUGUGGAGUGCAUUUACAGACACUGARAGYAGCAUUAWKGGWUAUCGAUGGGGCUUAGGAACCUCGCCUGGGAAAGAUGACGUAAUUAGUUUCCGASAUGUUGGUUUGAAGAGACAAGGAAAGAUGGUAAAUAUUACCCUUGUUCCUGGUGGRCCYUAUUACGUCACUGUAGAAGGAACCAAUCAAGCAGGGUUAACCUCUCAGGGAUGGUCAGAUGGAUUCAUWGUCGACGUAUCUCCACCAGACUUGAAGUUAUCGCAAAUCCAAAAAUCAUGGAUUGGUCCAAAAGAUAAYAUUAUUGUAUCCUGGCAAUCCUCUGACUUACAAAGCGAAAUCAAGUCCACAGAAUAUUGCAUUGGUACAAGUACAAGAAGCUGUCAAAUCAAGRCGAUGACGCUGCUUCCUGSUACAAGUACAAAUGUGUCCUGCACUGAUUGUGUACUUCGCCACAAUGAAAAAUACUUCGCUAUUGUAAGAGUAGUGAACUACGCCGAUCUUUAUACUGUAAAAWCAACAGAAGCCAUUCAGACCGAUUUUACCCCGCCAACUAMGGGAGAAAUUGUUCCUGUGGUUACAGUAACCUCGUGCGUCAACCAAUGCAAGCUGAAGUACAAUAUAAGUGGKUUUAAUGACCCUGAGAGUGGAAUAAAGACUUGCAGAGUAGGAGUCCAUAACAGUUCGGGCGUGRUGACCAUCCUAAAAUCGUUCAGCUCCCCAGAUGUAGUUGAAUUCAGCAACCUGACUCUACAACAUGGUCAGCGGUACUCUGCUGAAGUAAGAUGCGUGAACAAUGCUGGGUUGGAGAAAAGGCUGACGUCAGACGUUGGGGUGUUGGUUGACGUCACACCGCCAACAAAGGGCACUGUUAUCGUCAGUCCAGACCGCACACACGAUGUCUUUGGAAUUCAUUCAAACUGUCAUCUCUACAACACGACCCUAAGAAUUCAUUGGUCAGGAUUUUACGACCCAGAAACAGGAAUAACCGGUUUUAAAUUGUCUUUGGAAAAACARAACCAUUCUUCCAGUGUUGUACAACCAAGAGAUGUUGGCGUAACAACAAGCGCUACAAUUGACGUAAAUAUCGAUCAAGGCGUAUAUGCUAACGAYAUUCUUUAYGUGGUUGUUGAAGCUCGAAACGAGGCGGGUCUGGUGACUAGGUCAMAGUCUYCUGCAACGCGGCUGGUUUCAGGCGAGACGGACCGAUUCUUAGCUGAAGGAGACUUUGUCUGUGUUAAUGGUUGACAUGUAUUUGAUAAAAGUCAAAACAAAAAACAUUAAGCACUUAGUAAGGAUUGAUAACAAUAGAUUAUUACUUWAAACUGCAAUAUAAAUAUAGACAUUAAGGCAGUUAACGUGAAAACAAAAUGUAAGAUAUCAAAAAGCUAGAAAAAACGUACGUUACGUCAUAGACGCCAUGUUGGAUGAAAAUAACAAAGUAAUCCACCAUUUUUUCUUUUUUUCAUUUAUCCAAGAUAACGACGAUAGCUUCUAGYGGCUUUAUUUCUCAGUUGAUUCUCUGUCAUGUGGUUGCAAACCAAGAAUCGUUUCACAGAAUACAUCACUAGGGAACUUUCAAAGGGCUAUGUUCCACCGUCAUUUAAUGCAGUCGUGUUUUCAUACGUAAAAUUAGGUCACUUCAAUUAUCCAAUCACAAGCCGCCUCCAUCCGUCGUUAUUAAGAUCGAAUCGUUCAAUAUCUCCAUUCAUAUAGCAUAAAAAUAUUAUAAAAGUACGAUUUUGCUUACUGUAAUACAUAACGAUGUUUUUUUUCUUUUAAAACAUAAGCAAAAGCUCGAAAGGGAUGCCGGUAGACCGUAAUACCCAGUAAAUUGAUAUGUUCUGUAAUGAGUAAGAAAAUAGACAGAGUGUUCAAUAACCAACGUAAAUACAUAGCCGCGUAGAAUUGAAAUCAAAACACGAUGUGUAAAAAUAUAGACACCUUUAUUUAGAAAAUAAAUACACCAUACCUAUCUAUACCUUA